GAGGAACACCACCAUCACAGACUGUGUGAUCAUUCUUAGAACCUCGUAUGUGAUUCUGUGGCUUAUACGGGUGAUGUCAUCGCGUUGAACUACUGGUGUCGCGUGGACAGCUGCGAAAGAACUGUCGUACGGUGAACGCCCAUGAGCGGACGGCAGAAUGCCACGAGCUGGUCCGGCAUGCUUAACGUGCCGGGAAAAAUGCCGCAAGUGCGAUCGUGGUCGACCAAGCUGUGAACGCUGUAUCUCCAAAGGGUUGGUAUGCGGAGGAUACCCAGAGCAGUUCAGAUUUUGUGGUAUCGCUAGUCGAGGAAAGUGGAAAGGGGCACGUAUACCUGUCAGCAACAGAGCCUUGACCAGAGAACAGUUUUCCGCAACAGAAGGGUUAUCGGACGGUGUCACAGGAUCAACUUCGGUGGCUAUGGCUGGAGACAGCUCGAGAUCCCCCACUAAAGAAUCAUCUAUCUCCGAUGAUUCCAACCAGCCGCUGGCCGAGCUUUCAGACGACAUUAGCACAAUCCUUGUAUUACCUCUCACAGAGAGGCUAUUGACGCAUUACGAUAAAGUCAUCUGUCCUCAUCAGAUUGCCGAGGUUGGGGAUAAUGACAACAAUCCAUAUAGAGCAUUCAUCCUCCCAUUAGCACGGAAACAGAUCGGCCUGUUAUACGCAGUUCUAGGAUUAUCUGCCUCCCAUCUUGGCAGGCUCAUAGGGGACGAAGUAAUGCACGAAGCUACUGCCGUGGAAUAUCGAUUGAAAGCAAUACGCGCAUUGAGUGGGGAAAUUCGAAAGAGCCAGCGGACAUCACUGCGAGAAGAGGAACAGGAUACAGUCCUCGCUAUAAUCCAACUUUUGCUACUCCACGAUAUAAGCGAAUCAGGGGUAUCUUCUCAUGGAAUCCACAUCACAGGAGCCAUGUCCGUAUAUAAACAAUUGAUUGCCGACGGAUUGAAUGGCCGCCGACAGCGCGCGGUCUUCUUUCUGGGAAACUUGGCUUGGCUUGACAUCGUCCGAGCAUUUGCUGGCGCCGAACGGAUGUGCUUCUCCCAGGACGUUCGAGACCUGGUCGCCUAUGCAUGCGAUGACAUGUUCGAGCAGGUCAAUGGAGUCCCGCGUGAAAUCUUUCUAAUCAUUGGCGAUGCAUUGGAGAAGUCAAAAGAACACAUGCUGGGCUGGCUGUCAUGGGAUGAGUAUCAACUUGCCUUGCACCUGGCCAAGCAGAAGCUUUAUUCGUGGAACCCUCACUGCAGGACUUAUCCUACAUCGGAUCCCUUAUGGAUGGCUAUAGCAGAAGCCUACAAAUUUGCGUGCGUGCUGCGUAUACUACGCUUAAUGGACCCGCAUAGACCAGCUCGCGACUCGGAGAUACAGGAGUGUGUGAUAAAGAUCCUCGACGCGACAGCGAUGAUCUCAUCCGAUUGCUCAGUCAUAGAGCUUGUCGUGUUACCUCUAUUCAUGGCCGGAGCGGACUGUCUGUCGCCUCAUUCGCGGUAUUAUAUCCUGGGGAGACUGCGCGAAAUUGAGAGAAGGUCUGAGUUCCGGAACCCGGUACCGAACGACUUGUUGAAAAAGGUCUGGGAUGCACGCGCGGCUCAAAGUGCCGACGAUGAUACAAACAUAUCAUGGACGACCUUUACACAGGCGCCCGGGCUGGUACGGCCGCAUGAUUAUCUUAUACUUUGAUCAACUGGGUAAAUGGUACUGCGUACGUAAACGAGCUCAAUCAUUAGCAAUAUGGCACCCAAAGCUUGUGUGUUGUACAGGUCAUGUUUGUGGAGGUGGUCAUACUGGAACAUUCUUUAGACAUCACUCACUGAAACAGUUAGAGCGUGCUGCAAAUAUGGUUUGAUUGAUGGGAAAAUAUCUAGCGCGAUUGUGAUCAUCAUAGAGAGAUACCGAUGUGGAUAUAGUUUGUCUCACUCCGCCCCAAGCUCUUUUGGCUGCUGGUCAGGAUCCAUGCUUGUUUCUAUCUUGCGUAUUAUGCGAGCAGGAUUCCCUGCGACGAAAUGGAACGGUG